AUGAAUAAAGAAUUUCUUCUGCGAGCGUUGCAAGGACAGAGUGAAUAUGGAGAAGAAGCAUUUCGUAUGAAAUUUGUUGUCCGUAUUUCACAAUGUCCUAUCUUGAUGGAAUUCGAUGCUUGUAUAAUACCUCGUGCAUCUCAAGACAAAUGGUCACAUCGAAUUAAAUUAGUUUCAGUAACUGGUAUUGAUUUUGCUGGACGAUUCCAUGAUAUAAAUGAUAUUCUUACUUAUGUCACAAACUGGCAAGAUGUUUAUGAAACCAAUCCAAAAUCUGGUUUGCUACUAGUUCAUAAUACCAGAGAUUUUCGUCGGAAAACCAAUGGUCCACGAGGAAAACUAGAUAUGGAUCGCCUUCGAAAUGAUUUAAUGCGUAUGGCAAGACUUCGACUACGAGCAUGUGAUGAUGAAGAAGUGCAAGUUGUAGUCGAAACAGGUAUUGGACUUGGUGUAUUUGCUGGUAAAGCUAUCGGAAUUGAUGAAACAGUACGAGCACUUUCUGCAUUUGCUAUUCGAAAAGUACUUGAAGAAGAUGGAUCAACCUACCGAAACAUACGUGCCGUCGUGUUUGCUCUACCAAUUUUUGAUGCAGGUUAUCGAAAUGAUAAAAGACAAGAUACAUAUCAAGCCUUUGCUGAUGAAUUUAAUCGAAAUAAUUACCAAGGUCCUAUUCCUGUCUUAAUUGCUGAUCAAGAUAUGCAUCGAUUAACUGUAGCUAUUGCUCGUAUGGGUUUCAAUGUUUCUGAGUUGAAUCCUGCUGAUUCACAUGGCGUAUUUGGUGAAUAUUGGCAAAAUCGAGGACCAGCUGUGGAAGAAAAAUUAGCUUUAACUACAGUGGGUCUACUUGUACAACAUCAUCUUGUUAAUCCAUGUGUACUAGAUCCAAACCAUUACAAUUUUAUUUAA